UCGGAGCUCGUCUAUCUCGUCAAGAGAUAACUCGCCCCGUAUUCAGCAACCAUCAACGCAAAACCCCUAGCAACACCACCACUAACACCAUGAGGGAAUGCAUCUCCAUCCACAUCGGGCAAGCCGGAAUCCAGACCGGUAACGCUUGCUGGGAGCUGUACUGUCUCGAGCACGGUAUCCAGCCCGACGGGCAGAUGCCCUCGGACAAGACCAUCGGCGGCGGCGACGACGCGUUCAAUACUUUCUUCUCGGAAACAGGCGCGGGAAAGCACGUGCCCCGCGCGGUUCUGGUUGACCUGGAGCCUACCGUAUGCGACGAAGUCCGCACGGGAACCUACCGCCAGCUCUACCACCCGGAGCAAGUAAUCUCGGGCAAGGAGGACGCGGCCAACAACUACGCCCGCGGCCACUACACGAUCGGAAAGGAGAUCGUGGACCUGGUGCUCGACCGCAUCCGCAAGCUGGCCGACAACUGUACCGGCCUCCAAGGCUUCCUGGUGUUCCACGCUACCGGAGGCGGGACCGGAUCGGGCCUCGGCUCGCUCCUCCUGGAGCGCCUCUCCGUGGACUACGGCCGGAAGUCCAAGCUGUCCUUCGCCAUCACCCCGGCGCCGCAGGUAGCCACGGCGGUUGUCGAGCCCUACAACUCCGUGCUGUCCACGCACGCUCUGCUGGAGCACACGGACUGCACCUUCUGCCUGGACAACGAGGCGCUGUACGACGUGUGCCGUCGCAACCUCGACAUCGAGCGCCCGACGUACACGAACCUGAACCGGCUCGUGGCCCAGGUUAUCUCGUCCCUGACGGCCUCGCUCCGGUUCGACGGCGCCCUUAACGUGGACGUGACCGAGUUCCAGACCAACCUGGUGCCCUACCCUCGCAUCCACUUCAUGCUCACGUCGUACGCGCCCAUCAUCUCGGCGGAGAAGGCCUACCACGAGCAGCUGUCGGUGGCGGAGAUCACCAACUCGGUGUUCGAGCCCGCCGGCAUGAUGACCAAGUGCGACCCCCGCCACGGCAAGUACAUGGCGUGCUGCCUCAUGUACCGCGGAGACGUGGUGCCCAAGGACGUGAACGCCGCGGUGGCCACCAUCAAGACCAAGCGCACCAUCCAGUUCGUGGACUGGUGCCCCACCGGCUUCAAGUGCGGCAUCAACUACCAGCCCCCGACCGUCGUGCCCGGCGGCGACCUUGCCCGCGUGCAGCGCGCCGUGUGCAUGGUGGCCAACACCACCGCUAUCGCCGAGGCGCUGUCCCGCAUCGACCACAAGUUCGACCUCAUGUACGCAAAGCGCGCUUUCGUGCACUGGUAUGUGGGCGAGGGUAUGGAGGAGGGCGAAUUCUCAGAGGCGCGCGAGGACCUCGCGGCCUUGGAGAAGGACUACGAAGAGGUCGGCGCCGAGACCGCAGAGGGCGAGGGCGAGGAGGAGGACUUCGGCGAGGAGUACUAGUUUCUUGCCCCACGGACGCGAAUUCAAAGAACGCGGCAAUAAUGCCGUAGAUGGUUUGGUGACAGUCGUCCCCAUUUUAUCAAUAAAAAUCUUCGGUUAACUCACAUCUUUUCGACGCAAGUCAACAGACGACAGCAGUAGUGGUGGUACUUGUACAUGACGUAUUUUCGAAUCUGAUUGUGUGACGCGCCACCCCUGCCCGUCUUUGGGUACCGAUGCUGUGACGGUGUUUUUUGGGGGGGCGCCGUAGAUUCCGGUGUAUUUUCCUUCUUGGGACUUGUGACCAAGCCGCCGCUCCUCGGCACCAAAGGGGGGAGACACAAGAAAUUUUCGUUCGUUUGCCGUGGGAAAGAGCGAUUUACAGAUUUUGUCGCCGUCUUGGUGUUGGUAUGGUGAGCGGCGUUGCUUUUCCUCGGCUUUUCCACACAUUCUUGUCGUCCCGCCGCAGUAUGCCCUGCUCAGGGCGAGCUUCGGUCGACAGAAAUUGUAGGUGAUGGUGUUUUGGUACUUUCGGAUUCACACUUGAACGGCCUCCACACACACGGUGUAAUAAAAUGCAAACAGGAUAU